AUGGCGCUUAAGCUUCCAGCUGCUGAAGCUGCAAAUGUUGCGAUUCAGUCAAUUGGAUGUGGUUAUGAUAUCUCGUUAGAUCUGAGGCUUAAUUAUCGCAUGCGUCGUUAUCAUUCAGAUAUUGGUUCUAAUCCAUAUAGAAAUUGCCGUUUGAUAGAAAUUGAGGAAGAUGAAGGUAGAGAUAUUGUGCUUCCUGGUGGGCUUCUACUUCUCAAUGUUCCCGAAUCCAUCAAAUGUCAUGAAAGCGAGCAUACACGACUUCAUUCUGAUGUUCUUUCUUUUCCGCAGAUGUCGGAGCAAUUCAAUCAGGAAUUAUCAUUAUCCGGCAAAAUUCCUUCAGGCCUCUUCAAUUAUGUGUUUGAUUUUUCUGGAAAUUGGAAGAAAGAUGCAUCAAGUACUAAAACCCUAGCUUUUGAUGGUGUUUUCAUCUCUUUGUACACGGUUGCAUUAGAAGAAUCACACAUGGUUCUUUGUGAUCACGUCAAGAAAGCUGUUCCAUCUUCAUGGGAGCCUGCUUUGUUAGCAAGGUUUAUCGAAAAAUAUGGCACUCAUGUAAUUGUGGGUGUAAAAAUGGGUGGAAAAGAUGUGAUAUAUAUGAAACAACAGCAUACAUCAUCCCUUGAGCCUGCUGAUGUACAGAAAAAGUUAAAGGAAAUGGCAGACAAGAGAUUUUUGGACUCUAAACAGAUUUCACAAAAUGACAAGUAUGACAUCACACAUCUAAGAUCUGCAGACUUAGACACCUCUAGCUCUUAUUCUUACAAGGAGCAUCUUUUAAGCAUUUGCAGAAGGAGAGGUGGGAGUGAUGACAGGAACCUAAAACAUAACGAGUGGUUACAAACCGUACAAUCAGAACCAGAUGUAAUCACAAUGUCCUUUGUUCCAAUAAGCUUGUUGCUAAAGGGUGUUAUGGGAAGUGGAUUCUUAAGUCAUGCCAUAAAUCUUUAUUUACGCUAUAAACCUCCAUUUGAAGACCUUCCUCAGUUUCUGGACUUCCAGCUACCGACACAGUGGGCCCCUGUAUUCGGUUUGUUGUCUCGUGGUCCACAACAUGAGCAGCGAAGUGUGACAUCUUUACAGUUCAGCUUUUUUGGGACCAAGCUCUACGUGAACACCUAUCCUGUCGAUGUAGGUAAGAGGCCUGUAACAGGCCUCCGACUUUCCCUCAAUUGUGAAAGAAACAAUCAGUUAGAGAUCCAUCUCCAGCACCUCUCCGCCGUCCCAAAAUUCGUCCAACUAGAAGACUCCGUAACCGAAAUCCUCAAUUUCGAUUCCCACGAUCAUAAAGACUACGAAAAGGUCCAAGCGAAAAAUUUCGACCAUGUUUGCACAGCCACUGUCGAGUCUGAAGACGAAUUCGCAAUCGUAACCGGGGCCCAGUUACAUGUCGGGGAUCACGGGUCUAAAAAAGUCCUCUUCCUACGCCUCCACUUCUCAAAACUACAUGGUUGCAUCGCAAAUAGGAAUCCGGAAUGGGAAGUGUCUCCGGUUCAGAAACUGGAUUCUUCAAUUUCUUUCAUGGAGGUGGUCUACGCACGACAAUUUCAAGUCCCGCAUGCCCCACUUCACGAACCGAAAUUUGUGGGCCCGACGGAGACAAUGCAGAAACUAUUGAAGUUUGUGGACACAACGGAGAUGAAGCGGGGCCCGCAAGAUAGCCCAGGGUAUUGGGUUGUCAUAGGGGCUAGACUUGUUGUGGAUAAGGGAAAGAUUUCUCUUCGAGUCAAGUACGCUUUGCCUCAGAUGUUAACCCGAUGAAGAAGUGGCAAUUAAUCGAUCAUUAGGUGAUAUACUUUUAGAUCGUUUUAAACGCCAUCCAUAUCAACUAAACGCGUUUUUUAUAAUUUCUAUGGAAAACUGAAAAUAAAAACUUAACUUUAUUUAUUAGACACGUUUUUUUUUUUAGAAAAAGUGUAACCUAAUAGAAAUUUAACAAUUAAACUUGCAACUAUAUGCAUGCAUUUUGAGAUUCAAGAUAAAGAAAGAUGUAAGGAAGUUUGAGACAA